AUGGCACAACAAUUUAUUGAUAUUGGAGCAAAUUUGACUGAUGACAACUAUUUUGGUGAUUAUCACGGAAAACACUACCACGAAGAAGAUAUUGAUGUUGUGCUUCAACGUGCUGAAAGAAAUGGAUUAAGUCAUAUCAUCAUUACAUCUGGUUGCCUUAACGAUUUUAAGAAAGCUAUUGAAAUCAUUAACAAAUACCAAAACUUAACUAACAUUAAAUUAGUCACUACAGUUGGUGUUCAUCCAACUCGUACAAAUGAGUUAAAACAAGAAGGGUAUUUUGAUGAACUACUUUUAUUAUGUGAAAAAAAUAUUGAUAAAGUUGUAGCCAUAGGAGAAAUUGGGUUAGAUUAUGAAAGACUUCAAUUUUCUGAUAAAGAAACUCAAAUUAAUGGAUAUCGUACAUUAAGUAUUCUUCAUCAAAAAUACCCUCACUUACCUUUCUUCUUUCAUUGUAGAAAGUCUUGGUCAGAUUUAUGUCAAUUAAAUAAAGAGUUAGGAUAUAAUGGUUGUAAGGGAGUUGUUCAUUGUUUUGACGGAACAGAAGAAGAAAUGAAUCAAAUACUAAAUGAAGGAUGGGACAUUGGUGUUACAGGGAAUUCUUUACAAACAAUUGAGUUAUUAAAUGUUAUGAAACAAAUACCAAUUGAACGUCUUCAUAUUGAAACUGAUUGUCCUUAUUGUGGAGUUAAAAAAACAUCUGCAGGAUUUAAAUAUUUGAAAGAGAAAGAUUUUGGAGUCAAAGUAGAGAAGUAUCAAAAAAAUAAAUAUGUUCAAAGAAGAAAUGAACCAUCUAAUAUUAUUGAUAUUGCAAUAAUCAUGUCAAGCAUUAAACAUAUUUCUUUAUUUGAUUUUGUUAACAAAGUUUAUUCAAAUUCAAUGAAUAUGUAUUUCUCUAGAAUGAAUUGA